CAUUGAUUUCGUUACAAUCAAUUUAAAAAAAAAACCAAUUAGUAAGCUUGUAAAUAAAUAAUAAAAUAAAAGUAUAUUCAUAAAACUGUAGUGAGUGACGAAGAUCGUGGGUUUUCAGUGUAAUUAACUGUUUCGUGAAAGCUGGAUGAAAAUAGCGCAACCAUCUCCUGUAUAAUGAAGACUGAAUUUCGGAUUUGCUCAGCUUGCGGAGAUCCAAUCAGCGAUAAAUUUUUGCUGGAAGUAUCUGGAAGAAGUUGGCACGCUCGGUGUCUUAGGUGUUGCGUUUGCCAGUUACAACUUGAUCGGCAACCAUCUUGCUUUAUACGAGAUAGAGCUGUUUAUUGCAAAGCUGAUUAUGCAAAAAGUUUCGGUGCCAAAUGUUCAGUUUGCUCGAGAGGAAUAUCAUCAAGUGAUUGGGUAAGAAAAGCGAGAGAUCACGUUUAUCAUUUAGCGUGUUUCGCUUGCGCCGCUUGUCAUCGACAAUUAUCAACCGGUGAAGAAUUCGCCCUCCACGAAGACCGAGUCCUUUGCAAAGCGCAUUAUUUGGAAACGCUUGACGGUGGAACGACUUCUUCCGAUGACGGUUGUGACGCAGAAGGUUACCACAAGAAUAAAGCAAAAAGAGUCCGAACAACAUUUACAGAAGAACAACUCCAGGUGCUCCAAGCAAACUUCCAAUUAGAUUCAAAUCCCGACGGUCAAGACUUAGAAAGGAUCGCUCAAAUAACAGGGUUAAGCAAACGAGUAACGCAAGUUUGGUUUCAAAAUUCGAGGGCGCGUCAAAAGAAACACAUGCACACUGGAAAAGUGAAAACGCAAAUGCACAAUGGGAGAGACGACAGUAGCAACUUUAGUAGGCACAUAAACCUCCAUUUAACGUACUCGUUCCAACAGAACAGCAACAAGAGCUCGCCUCUCUUCAAUCCAGCUGGUAAGCCGUCGUCGGAAUCGGAGGCGACGCCACUUAAAUGGUUGUGUCUUGCAGAUUCCUCGCUGGACGAGCUCUCUCAAGAGUCCACCAUGCACUGUAUGCAAGGGGAAGUGUAAAAAAGACUAUCGUCAGAUUACAAGCUACGAAAAAAAAAACUUAUUUAGGAUAAGAAACUAAAUGUAUUGGUAACCCUCCAAUAUAUAUCGUGAUUCUUCAGUGUACUAUUUACUAUUAUUAUUUCUUUUUGUUAUUUAGUCGUAUUUAUUUAUUUUUUUUAUCAUAAGCAUAGACAACAAUUUAUAGAUAAAUAGAAUGUAAAAAAAUAAUGUGAAGAGGCAGGAAUUGUAUUAUAUAGAAGUAUUGUAUAUGUUAAAAAAGGUUAAUUAUUACUGUUUUAAGUGUAAUAUAAACGAAUUUAAUAAAAAUAUUUACUUGAAUAUCAAA